AUGACUUUUCUCUCUUUCUGGAUCCUCUCUCACCCUGAAGCCGUGGACAGACACACUGCGAUCUAUGUAUUUCAAUUGCCUCUGUCCAUUGUGUUGUCAGUUGCGCUAUAUUCACGGCUGUACCGUCUUUCGAUAUUCAUAGCCCCUCGUCACUUCCGCACAUCUGCUAUCCUCAAGGACGAGGUCGAGGUCUUUAUCGAUGGCAAGUCCGUCAAGGUUGAGGCAGGAUCAGCCGUCAUCCAGGCCUGCGAGAAGGCCGGCGUUCACGUCCCUCGCUUCUGCUAUCACGAGCGUCUGUCCGUCGCUGGAAACUGCCGUAUGUGCCUGGUUGAGGUGGAAAAGUCCCCCAAGCCGGUCGCUUCCUGCGCCUUCCCCGUCAUGCCCGGAAUGAAGAUCAAGACCGACACGACUCUGGUCAAGAAGGCUCGCGAGGGUGUCAUGGAAUUCCUGUUGGCAAACCACCCCCUGGACUGCCCCAUUUGCGACCAAGGAGGAGAGUGCGAUCUUCAGGAUCAGUCGGUUCGUUAUGGUUCGGAUCGCGGUCGUUUCUCGGAGGUUGUGGGUAAGCGCGCUGUUGAGGACAAGGAGCUCGGCCCAUUGAUCAAGACCACCAUGACCCGUUGCAUUCACUGCACACGUUGUGUCCGUUUCGCCAAUGAGGUCGCCGGUUUCCAGGAUCUCGGUACCUCUGGACGUGGUAACGACAUGCAGAUCGGAACCUAUAUUGAGAAGUCCGUGAACUCUGAGAUGUCUGGAAACUUGGCUGAUGUUUGCCCUGUUGGUGCUCUUCUCUCCAAGCCCUAUACCUUCAACGCCCGUCCUUGGGAACUCAAGAACACGGAAACCAUCGAUGUCCUUGAUGCUCUCGGAUCCAACAUCCGUGUCGACUCUCGCGGUGUCGAGGUCAUGCGUAUUCUCCCCCGUUUGAACGAGGAGAUCAACGAGGAGUGGAUUUCUGACAGAACCCGCUCUGCCUACGACGGUCUCAAGACUCAGCGUUUGACCACUCCUAUGGUCCGCAAGGGCGAUACCUUUGUCACCGUCAACUGGGCCGAGGCCCUUCAGAAGGUCGCAUCGGAGCUCAAGGCUGCUGGCCCUGGCAUCAAGGCCGUUGCUGGUCAGUUGGCUGAUGCCGAGUCGCUCGUUGCCCUCAAGGACCUCGUCAACGCCCUCGGAUCUGAAAAUGUCACCGUCGAUAACCGUCGCCAGGAUAGCCUCGCCCACGGCAGCGACUUCCGCUCCAACUACCUGCUGAACUCGACCAUCGCCGGUAUUGAGCAGGCCGAUGCUCUUUUGUUGAUCGGCACCAACCCUCGUCAUGAGGCUACUACCAUGAACGCUCGUAUCCGCAAGUCGUUCGUCUACAACGGAUUGAACGUUGGUCUUGUUGGUGCCCCUGUUGACCUCACCUACGACUAUGAACACAUUGGAGCUGAUACCUCCUCGCUCGAGGCCCUCGUCUCUGGCAAGCACGCCUUCUCUGCCCAGCUCGCCUCUGCCAAGAACCCCAUGAUCAUUGUCGGCAGUGGUGUCACUGACUUGCCCGAUAGCGAGUAUGUCUUCUCGGCCGUCUCCAAGAUUGUUGAGCAGCAUAAGGACAAGUUCUUCCAGGAGAACUGGAAUGGUUACAAUGUUCUUCAGCGCGCUGCCAGCAGAGCUGCUGCUUAUGAUAUUGGAUUUGCUCCCCAGACUAAGGACACUGGAAAGACCUCGGUUGUGUACCUGCUCGAGGCAGAUGAGAUCUCUCCCAGCGAUAUUCCCAAGGAUGCCUUUGUCAUCUACCAGGGUCACCAUGGAGAUGUUGGAGCCCAGUAUGCGGACGUGAUCUUGCCAGGAGCAACCUAUACCGAGAAGAGUGCGACCUACGUCAACACCGAGGGCCGUCCCCAGAUGACCCGUGCUGCCGUGCCACCACCCGGCGCUGCUCGUGAGGACUGGAAGAUCAUCCGCGCGAUCUCAGAGGUUGCAGGCGCGACCUUGCCAUACGACGAUGUCUACCAGGUCCGCGACCGUCUCCGUGACAUUGCACCCCACUUUGCCAACUAUAACGUGAUUGAGCCCAGCUCGGUCGCUGUCGCUUCGUUGGGUCUCUCAACAUUGAAUAAGUCUGGUGCCAAGUCCUCAAACACCGCAUUCACACCUGUGAUUGCUGAUUACUACAUGACCGACUCUAUCACGCGCGCAUCCUCAACAAUGGCUAAGUGCUCCGUGGCCUUCAGCAAGGGUAUUCAUCCCCCAGAGGAGUCAGAAUUCAAGAUUGAGGCUCAGGCUUAA